AGCUAGUACAGCAAAAUUUGACAUAGUGCUCUUAGUUAAGAAAAAAACGCAUUAGACAAGGGAAUUACAAUAUUUAGGUUAAAUUAAAAUAUUUAGGUAUAAAGUUAGUGACCAAGAUAUCAAUGUUUGAUGUAAAUCAAACGGAUUUUAGAAGGCUAAUGAGCAUAGCUUAGCUAUCUGCUACUAGCUUCUUUUUUUAAGCUUGUUUUAGCUAACCAGUGAGUGCUUGGGGUCAAGGAGACAGAAAAGGAUGAGUGGAGGUGUCCAGCUUUUCCUCAGGCUUCCAGACCUAAAUCAGCUCUGCUGUAUAACUCUGAGUCUUCAAGAGGAGGAGGAGGAGCUGAGGAGCAAACAGAUCAAGACCUGCAGAGAGCUGGUGCUGCUGUACUCUGAUGUGUUGGCCUUCCCAGCGCUGGAUUCCUUCACUGAGAUAACAGCGGUCAUGGCUGUACCUUUUUUCAAAACAGGCAUCCUGCAGGCGUUUGGAGGACAGCACAGUUUAAAGGUGGGCUCUCCUCAGUGUGUGUUUCCAGGCAUCCUGCAGGCCUGCCUGUCCUACUCUCUGAUCACCAGAUUGACUCCCAGAUGGAAUAAAGCAGGACUCUAUCUCAUCAGUGGAAAAGACUUUCUGACCAACGGGGGGAAGCUCAAUGCUGUCAGUAUGGAGCUGAGCACCAGUGAGGGACAGCUGUGCAUGAGUAUCGAAGCCAGCAGAGUCAGACUGCCUCCAAACACACUGGAGGACUUUGGCUUCCCUCCAUUAGUGCUGAGGAGGUUUUGCAGUGAUCCUGACUCCGUCCUCCACCCUUCUUCCACAGGGGGAGCCAUCUGGUGUCACGUCCUGCCCAGUAUGAAGAAAGGUCAGAUCAUCACCUUGAGCCGUAAGCUGCCCAAAGACGGACCAUUUAGGACCUACAGAGACCUGCAGAACCACUGGAACCACCUGUAUGGUUACAGACUCCCUGAACUUGCAGAUGAAGAGGUGGUGUACUGCAGCGUCUUCUUCAGACUGGUGGGAGAUAGACCCUUUACUUACCCUCUGAGCUGUAUCCGCCUGCAGCCAGUGCAGCGCUGCCCACGUGUCGAACUGCAGGGUGUGCUGGGAUCCUUCCUCUGUGACAUCAAGGCCCGACUGCAGAGUGUGUGCGGUUUUCCUUCACAACUGACCACCAAACCAUGUUACCCCACCGUCAGUCUGUAUACAGCUGCUACAGCACAGGUGUUGGGCAAUGAACAGGUCAAUCUGGCCUCCUCCUGCUCCAUCAGGCCUGUCCUCGCUCAGCUCCCUCCUCCUCCACCCAUGCAGCUUUCACACUGGUCACAGCCUUUAGACAGGGCACCUAUCUCCCAGCAGGAUGGGGUGCAGGAAAUUCAGGGUAAUGGUUGUGGAUUCAGGAGCACACCAGCUCAAAGUCAGCAGUGUCCAGAAGAUGAACACUGGCCCUCCUCCUCCUCCCACUCCCAUGAUGUUCUCCCCUCAUCUGUUUCCUUCAGAUACCAGCCAGCUCCUUCCAUUUCCUCCUCUUCGUCUUUUCUCUCAGUUUUUCAGCCAGCGUCCUCCCUCAUCUCCUCCUCUGACUCCUCAUCCUCUUCUUUUCUCCCCCCUUCUUCUCCUACCCCUCCCUCAGCUCUUCCUCCUCCCAAACUGGUUCCCAUCUUCAAGAACAAGUGUCCUUCACGUCAUGUCAACGUGGCUCUCCUACGAGCUCAGAAACAGAGAGAGCAGCUGAUUGGAGGAGAGGAGAAAAGAGGGCGAGUGACCUUACCUGCGUUCAUCAAAAAGCAACUGCCCACUUCUUCUUCCUCUUCUGUUUCCUUUUUGUCAGCUGCACCUCCCCUGAUUCCUCCCCCACCCAUCACUCCUCAUUUCAAGCCUCGCCUAAAACCUCAGAACCGCACCUCUCCUUGUCCAGCUGAUCACCCAAAACUCAAACGCUUUCCCAGUCUCAGCCAUGUGUCCAAGUCUAAACCCAGGUUUGUCAUCGGUCCAAACCCAGAGAUCCAGUCCAAAAUCAAGUCCAGCAACAAAGCUGACAAAAAGAUGAGCUCAGAAAGCAGCACAGCUUCUAAGUCUAAACCAAGGGUUAUAUUCAGUCUAAAUCCAGAGAUCCAGUCCAAAGUCAAGUCCAGCAACAACACAGACAAGACAGUGAGCUUGGAAAGCAAAACUGCAACUGUGUCAAGUGAAAAGAUGCAGGAAGAAACAACAAAAAAACGUUCUGAUGCUACAAAAAAGCCUCCUGGACAGCUAACAUCUGCAGAACCCUCCAAGAGCAGCACAACAGAAGUCAUGUUUGAGUCAGUGCCAAAGAAAUCGAAGUCUGCUGUUAGAGUCCUAGAUGUGGAGAAAAUGGCCAGGAACAACCAGUUGUCGAAGCUGAGCUCAGCGACUCUGCUGGCCUGGUUAAAAGGAAGAGGAGUGAGCGUCGGUGCCAAACACAGGAAAGAGGAGCUGAUGCUGAAGGUCAUGGGCUGUCUUGCAGAGGCCUGAGACUAACUCAUUUAAAACACGUCUUAGCUCUUAUCUGCUUCAUCCUGUUUUAUAUCUACUUCAUCUUAAUGUUAAAAGGGAAGCUGCAACAUAAGAAAACUUUCAUCCUCACUAAAUUUGAUACUGAAGAUUUGCCAAAAUUUUAAUCUUGAUCUCAGAAUUUUGACUUUUUAUCUAAGAGUUUGACUUUAAUCUCAGAAUUUUGAGAUUAAACUACAAAUUUUGACAUUUUUUGAAAAUGUUUCUUUAUUUUUUGGAAUUUUGACUUUAAUCUCAGAAUUCUAAACUUUUUCUGGUAUUUGGCAUUAGGACUUUUUUCCUCAGAGUUCUGAUUUAAUCUCAUUAGGAUGUAUCCCUUUCAUCUCAGGAUUUUGAGUUUGACCCUGACCAAGAAUUCUAUCCUAUUUUCUCUGGCAUUUUCCCGGAAUUUAAAAAAAACAAAAGUUUGAUCUCAAAAAAUAAUUUUGUUAGUGGCCCUAAUCCCCUUUCCCAUAGAUGCUUGCAUUUGCAUCAGAAUAGUAGUUUGCAGCCACUUCAGCCUGUUUUACUGUUGCAGGAAAAAGUGUUUACCAGAGAAAUGUCAAAAUAUUGUUUAUCCUGUGAAUUAUUCAGAGCUAAAAUGUAUCAUAUAAAAAAGAGCUAAGCUGCAGAGACACUGUUUAGUUACCUCUCUGUUGUUCCAGUUGUUAAAGUCAACCACAUUAAAGGUUAAAAACAGGAGGGGAAUUUAAUUCUGCUUGUGCAAAACGUUAAGAUGUGCUUAUUUGGAUAGAAAGUAUUCUUCUUUGUAAAUUAUACAGCCAGUACUUGUUUGUUUAUUCAGUAUUUAUU